GAAGUUCACUUUCCACUACUGACUUUGCCAGCGAAACACCAGGUCGAAGAGAUGGGGGUUUCGUUGCUAUGGUUUCUGAGUCUGAUGGUUCAUCUGUCUCUGGGCUCUUCAGCACCGGAUGAAGGUGUUCCACAAUACACGUCGACCUGUCCAGAUGGGUGGACACAAGUGGGACGACACUGCUUCAGUGUCAAUGAAGACGCGGUAGAUGCAGAUGUCAUCUCCGAGGCAUGUAACCAAAGCGUUGCAACCAUUCGUGGCAUGGAACAAAACAACGUCCUGAAGGGAAUUGUCAAGGAACCCACAUGGAUCAAUGCCAAGUUUACAUCUAAUUCAGGGUGGGUAGACCCUGUGACGUUCGUACCGCUCAACUUUUCAAACCCCGAAAGACAGAUCACCGAGAGCAGUAUUUACAAAUGUGGCCUGUUAACACCUGACGGCACGUGGGACCUUGACGACUGUCGAGAAGCCACAUAUCCCACGCUUUGUCAACGUUCUCUUGAAUGCGUGGACGGCUGGUACGGAGACAAGUGCAUGGACCGAUGCCACUGCUUCAUCCCCGGCUGCAACGUCACAACAGGGGAAUGUCCCUACGGCUGCGAAGUCGGCUGGACAGGCCCAAGCUGUAAUAUACGUCAAAAGAAGCCUGAAGCCAGGUACCACUGCAUGCGAGAUGGAGAGGAGUACCACAUGAUUCUAAGGGUAGAUAAUCACGGAAUCUUCUUCCGGAGUGUCAACUCCCUGGACUCUAAAGGAAAGGCCAGCUCGAAGUGUACAAGGGAUAAGUUCACUGUUAACGAAGAUGGUCCGAUGCUGACAUACAUCCACGGAAACGAUACACAGUUUUCCCCUGACUGUUCCGCACAAAAGGUUGGCGACAAUGAACCCGUCUAUGAAUGGACGUUUCGCCUCCAGCAAUACGAGGGAGUACUUUCUCCGUUUGACACCGAUGUCAAAGUAAGAUGCAACUUCUCUGAUGCCGACGGGAUGGUUGUUUCUACGGUUCCAAUACACGUGGAAAGGAAAACACAACCCCCAGAGGUGGUCACUCCGAGACACGUGUCUGGCAAUGUGAUGAUAGUGGACGCUAAGAGUGGGGAAGAAGUCAACCAGGUGGCUUUUGGUCAGGAGAUCCAGAUUGUGGUUCCAACGGCCGCACAAAACGUCUCAGUUUCAGAUGAUAGGUCAAGAAUCGGCCUCCUCUCACCCCGCAACUGUGAGGCUAAAAGUCCUGACGGUAAAUUUGUGAAAAAGAUGACUGAUGCAAACGGGUGCGAUGUUUACAUGACCACGGGAGGGUUCACCUUGAAAGGAGAUUCGGGCGAAGAACGACGCAUGAGUUCGCAGGCGUUUAGUGCUUUCGCCUUUGCUGGAUAUUCGUCCUUGACCUUCAGCUGUGACCUCAAACCUUGCUAUAAUCCAGUACGCCAAGAUUGCGUCUCGCCAUGUGGACGUAAUCGAUAUGGGCGGUCAGCUGAUAAUCCUUAAAAUACUCUUUGGGACUGAGGGCCGUAAGAAGGGGUGCUGGGCUACAGAGUUCGAUAAUUCCGUUCUAACGAAAGCUUAAGCAAAUAAACAGAUGAUUUCCACAACA